UUGUUGUUGAUUUCUAGAGUCCCUUUGAUACGUAGAAUUGUUGAAUUGGUUCUCCCCUGCAGAGUUUAUUUGGAAGAUCUUAAUCUGUUUUAUACAUACCCAACAAAUGAAAAUUUUUUGCUUUUUAAUAUUCGCAAUUCUUCUAUAAAAAUUGAAUUUUUUAAGAACUUUUAGAAGGUUAUAAAAAAUGAAUUUUUUUUUUUCAGACUAAACUUAAUUAUUAAAAAACAAUUAUUUUAUAUAAAUGUAAAAUAAAGAAAAACGAAAGAGGAUAAAUUACAAAAUGCGAGAAAAUUCAGUAAAUUAUUAUGGUAGAGCAAAACCUAAAACAGUUUAUAGAUCACUUCAUUCAUCUUUACUUGCUUUAAUAGAUAUAUUAUUUUCUUCAUUAAUAAUAGCACCAUUAGUUAUUAGUUAUUGGCGUGGAACAUGGGAAUUAUUGGGUCAUUAUAUUAUGCCACAUCAAAUAUUAUUUUCAGCUUGUUUAUCCUUUUUUAUUGGAUUAUUUGGUCAUUCAUUGUUUGUAAUUGGACAGCAAUUUUUAGCAAAUGCUCUUAAUCCGGAUCGUGUUCGUUUAACAUAUUAUGUUAUAUCAAGAUUUUAUACAUAUGUUUAUGGUUCAAUAUGUGUUAAUGGAUGGCGUGGAGCAUGGAUUCUAGUUGAUUUAUUUACUGGAAAUACUCAAUUAUGGACCGUAGCUCUUGUUACUUUAAUAGUAAUAUUGUUACUUGCUGGUACAAGAGGUUUUAGAAAUUGCUGUGCAACACCAUUUGCAUUAAUAACAGAUUAUAGAGAUGGAUAUUUUGAAGUUGCGACAAUGUUUAAGACGCUGGGAUCCAAAGAACCUGGUUUAUAUGUUUUGGAUUGUUUAUUCUCUGUUUUAAUUGUCGGAACUUUAGUUGUUGUAGCGUGGCGUGGAGUAUGGGUAAUGUUAGAUUUAACAUUAUAUCCAACAAGUAAAGCACUCUCUGGAUGGGGCUCUCUGAUCAUAGGAUAUAUAAUAGUAACGGUAACAUUUGCUACACAACCAACAAUACAAUGGACAUGUGAAAAAAUCUCUGGAUUAUGUCGAAUAAUUGUUGCUGAUUUAUUUUUAUUUAUUAGCUUCCUUGGUACAGUUAAUGUAUGGCGAGGUGUUUGGAUGUUAAUCGAUGUUUAUUUAUAUUCUGAUGAUCAUGUUUUUAGUUGUUGGCUAUCACAUUCAGUAUCAUUUAUGCUAUUAAUAUUAUUAAAUUGUUCAAAUUCUGUUUUAGUACGUGGUGUCUAUAUUGAUUGUGAAGAACCGAAUGGUGAAUGUGUUGUUUUUCCAAUACAAUAUGUCAGAUUAUUUUUUCAAAAAGAAAGAUUAAAGAAACAUAAAAUGUAUACAGAUUCUCAAGAAGAAGAAAAUUUAAUAUAUGGUAAUCGUAAAUUAAAUUGUAAUGCAACAAUAGUUAAAAGUGGAAAUAAUAAUUUAAGUAAUAAAAUGAAAAAUGAUAAUACAAGUAUAUUUAAUGAUAUUAAACCAAUUUAGUUAUAAUAAUUAUUUUUAUUAUUAUUGUCAUUAUUAUUAUUAUUUAGUAUGUAAAUUAUUUGUUUUUUUAAUUUUAAGUAUUA